AUGUCGAAACUCAUCCCCAUCGCUGCACCACUUCGUGAAGCACUUUUUGAGUGCUUCCGCGCAACUACUUGCCUAGUCCGUCCAGAACUUCGACGCCAACUAACUUUAGUUGGAGGAGCCACGAGCGUAGCUCAUUUCUCAGUAUUAUAUACUGAAGAUAUAGAUAUUGCUUCCACCUCAGAGCCAAUUAUUGAUGUUUUGAGCAGUAUUCUGGCCGGUGCUCCCGGGUUCACCAUUGAACCCGAUAUGAAGAUAGCGUUCGACACUAGCAAAGGCAUUCGAAUAAGAGUAGAUCUCAUUGAGAUCGGAGAGGGUUGUAUCGAACGAAUUCAUGCAACCCGGCCCUUUUUUGAAGGCUCAGUAGCGUCCAUCUCAGACCUUCUCAGGCUGAGAGCUGUCACGGUGGUCGAUCGCGGAAGUGAUGGAGAGAUUGAAGAUUUUCGUUGGCUGUUGUCGGAAGCAGCCAAAGCGGGAGAGAUUCCCCCAGAGCUAGACAGCCUAGAACAAGAAUGCAUUUUAGGCGCCGGCGAGGCAUCUCUUGGCCUUUUGGACCGUCUCUUGCUGUUGGCUGUCUUGAGUGGAAAGAACGCGGCAGCAAUGUUACUCAAUGAUCCUAGACAUAGGUAUUUUUAA